AAGGUUCCACGGACUCGUCGCUACGUCGCAGGUUCGGUUGAUGACGUUGUCGUCAUAAGUGAUGUUUUCUUCGCAAGAAGCAGUGUUUUACCCAAAUUCUCUAAGGAAUACGUCCGCGAAUAAUGCCAAUACCUCGACAUCACUCUGAAAAUCGCCGCCCAUAACAAGAUCUCUGGCGGAUCGCGUACAUGGCCCUUGAAAGUGUGUUUGCUAAAGCCCCUCCUAAGGUUGGGCACGCAAACAAAGACACACAGAAUGGAGAAAUUGAAAGUUCAAUCGACGAUGGACCUGACCUGGAGGAAGGAGAAAUUGUUGACUCUGGAAAGGAAGACAGUGAUGACCAUUCUAAAACAGAUGGGAAGCUUGCUGGGGAGGACUGUGGAGCAAGGAAAGCAAAGCGGCUUCGGACAGACAAAAAGAAGCGCAAGAAAGGGGGAGAAGAGCAGAGAACAAAGGAAGAAGAGGAAGAGGGAUGGUUUUCUCCGACCUCGAGUCCUAGGCAUCGUCCGUCCCACCAUCAUGGACACCACGAUUAUCCUGUAGGUCCUUUCGAGGACUCAUUUAUGAGGUCUGAUUCUCCCGAUGGAGGAUCUCAGCCUGGGGAGGUUCCCUUCCACGCUGGUCGACGUAAGGCUCAUCCCUUGGAUAAGCGUGCCGCUCUCAAGAAAAAGAAAAAAAAGUUGAAACCAGGGCCUCGGAGGGCUCGUGGAGAGGGCCGUUCCAUAUGCAAGUUCUACCUUGACUCCAAGUGCCUCAAGGGUGCAGAUUGCCCGUUCUCCCAUGACGCCCCCGUACCACGAAAGCAGGACCUGUGCAAGUUCUACCUUAGCGGAUAUUGUGCUAGAGGAGAGAAUUGCAGCUUCAUGCAUGAGGACUUCCCCUGCAAAUUCUUCCACACGGGUGCCAAGUGUUUUGCAGACACCCAUUGUCGCUUUUCACAUGCCCCACUGGACGACGAGAAACAGUUGCUGCUGCAGAGGUACCUGGACAGUCAUGGCUCUCGCAUGGAUGACGAAGGCAUGAGGCAUUGGAGUGGAGGUGACUGUUCCCCCAUGCGAGGAGACUGUGGUGGACCCCACGACGAGGACCAAGGACCGGCCAAACGACCUUCACUACUUGGCUCGCCCCCAAGGCACAUCAAAGAGGCAGCAGAGUCUUGGAGGAUGCAGUUUUUGGGGGGACCAGGAGGGCCCAUUGGACACAUGAUGAGCCCACCCCGUGGAACACCUUUUGUCAGGCCAAACAGCUUCUACAUGGACACCCUGUCGCCAAUCAGGGGUGGCCUCAUAGUUCCUCCUCAGGGCAUGGAUGAAGAUUUUCCUCGCAUAAUGGGAGGAACACCAUUUCGAUCACCCAGUAUCUCAUCUCCUCCUCUGCAUGACCAAGGCCAGGAUGAAGGAGAUAAGGACAACAUGGAUUCUUUGCCUAGGCAACCUAUAACAAUCAUUCCAAAUGCAACCUGCGAUUCCCAGUCAUCCACCAUUCAAUCAGCAUCCAACAUACCUGGCCUGACUCUUCUCUUGCCAGGGGAAGGUCCCACGGCCCAGUAUUCAUCAGGGGUCUCCGAUCCAGAUAGUUCUCACGCAGACGGUUUCACCAAAGAGCAACGAAAAGACGAUGAGAUGUCACAGCAGUCAGAGACAUCCUCCGCAGAAACGACUGCCGAAGCUGCCAUUCUUCCGCCAAACCUUCCUCGAAGGCAGCGAGAGUUGUUUAUCAGAAUCCAGCAGCAGCAGAAGGAACAGCGAGAAGCAGAAGAAUGUGCACAGAAGGAUGCAAGACAGAAUGACGAGGAGGAUGGUGGAGAGCAGGGUGAGAGCAGUGAUGACGAUGACGACGACCGGCCCUUGACGGCUGUGUUGAAGAAGUUACAACAACAGACUGUUCAGUCCACCAAAGAAGCAUCUCCAAGCAUAUCAGCAUCGCAGACCUCCACUACUGCCUUGGUAACUACAUCAACGUCACUGCCUGCCAUCGACAUCGCAAAGAUGCUAAGCACAAUCCGCCAGCAGGUCCCCAGCCAGCCGGACUUCUGGAAGCAGCUAUUUUCUUCAACUCAGACAGUUCAAGCUCCAGUUCAACCCCCCUCCUUGCCAGCAAGUAGAGAUCCACGACGUGCGACAAAAGUGGAACAGCGUGACCCACGGCUGCGCCAUGACAGACCGAACCCAAAGCCUGAAAUUGCAUACAUUGAGUCCAAGGAUGGUGAUGUGCCAUUCAAGUUGAGGACGGUCUUUCGAGCAUCACCAGAUUACAAUGCUAUUGCGCAGUGGUUGGCAGUAGAUUCGACAAUGCGUAAUGACCCGCGACUUGCAAAGCAUUUGGCAGCAGAGACAUCUGAGAAUGUCGGACCGAAAGCGCCAAUCACACCUCAGCCGGCCGUGGAGCCACUAGUAAAGCAAGUAAAGUCAAGGGAUCCACGCGUAGCCCGGCAUCUAGAGCAACAGACCAAAACGGCCGAUCUGAAGCGAACGGAGCAGGCAGUCACCUCGCCACUCCUAAGUAACUCACCGCUGUUGAACACUCCACCUGGCAACGUUCUUUUACCAGCACUGCCAGGAAUUCUACCACACGUUGCCCCAGUGAGAAUUGAUCCACGGCUGGCAAGACGGCUUGAACAGCAAAAGGCGAAGGAGCCGGAAAAAGCAGCAGAGAACAAGGAAACUGCAGAAAACCCGGAACAUAGUCAUGAUCCAUGUGAGAAGGACAAAAAGGAAAAGAAGGCCAAGCCAGGAGACAAACGCAAAAGUCGGAUGGACUACGCAUCUCCACUGAGCUCUUAUGACGAGGGGGACAGGUCAAGCGGCUACAGUGCUUAUCAGCGGAGGCCGCGUCCCGUCCCUCCCAUUAACACCUCCGUCAUCCCUCCAUCAUCUACAAACGCGUCUUCUACGGCAGAUGACCCAACAAGUUUGAUGCCGCCACUAUUGCCGGCAGCCUUGCCAAUUAAUCCGUUACCAACAUCAAUAACUGCGGAUGAGUUGCUCUUUGACGAUAAGCAAGGAACUAAGUCACUGAAAGAGGUUUUCAAGACAAAAGAUCCAACUGCAUCGCCCUUCUGUUGAAUGCAUGUUGAAUGUAUGAAGGACAGUGGGUUGCAGAAAAGGUGGCUCUUCUCGGUGACGCCAUUUGCAGUUUGGCCAAUGAGAACACUCAGAACUUCUCAGGUGCAAUAAGCGAGUGGCUCUAUUGGCUACUGCUCAAACGUCGUUUUAAGUUGCACGUGAACAUGGAGACAAACUGUGCAAACUACUAAUUGAAAAGAAUGUUGUGCCGUAUUUAUUGUGACGUCAUCACGCUCAGGAUCUAAGAUCAUGUUUUCCAGGGACAGAAAGGUCAACAUCUUUUUUUGGCUGUAUUAUAUCCCUUUCCUACAAGAAAGGAUGUUAAUAAAGUCAGGGUGUAUUUACUAAAA